AAAAUGUAGAACAGGUUCCGGAACUCUGUAACCGAGUUUACGGUUUUGAACUGGACCAUGCCCAGGUCUGGAUCGACAUGUCGUUUUAAGUAAAACCAACACACCCCUCUCCAACCUGUUUGCUGUCCAAGUGAUCGAGCUAUCGCUGGGCGACACGCGGUGCACCUCAUAGCUCUACUCGUAAUCUUCUAAUUCCUUCUGUUUAACAAGAACUCCAAAACUCCAAACUCCGAAGGCUCCAACAGCUUAGAAUAUCCAUGAGCUUCAGUUUAGCGCGCUUCUUCCUCCAAUUUGCAAAUUCUUCGAAAGCUGCGAAUAUCAGCAGCAGCAACUAUGGCUAUUUUCUUUCAACUCCGAACACACGCAAAUUUACUGAAACUCCCACCACCGGAGCUCAUAAGUCGACUGAGGAGCUGCUAGUGGUGGUUGGAGGCGGAGCUGCAGGGAUGUUUGGGGCAAUUAGAGCCAAGACUGUGGCGCCUAAUCUUAAUGUGGUGGUUAUAGAGAAGGGAAAGCCUCUAUCCAAGGUGAAAAUAUCUGGUGGAGGCAGAUGCAAUGUCACAAAUGGGCAUUGUUCUGAUCAUAGGAUUUUGGCAGAACAUUAUCCUAGGGGUCAUAGAGAAUUGAGAGGAUCUUUCUUCAAUACACAUGGACCAGUGGACACCAUGUCCUGGUUUUCUGAUCAUGGGGUGGCCCUCAAGAUUGAGGAUGACGGAAGAGUGUUUCCCAUCAGCAAUAGCUCCUCUUCAAUUAUUGAAUGUCUUCUAAGUGAGGCAAAGCACAAGGGAGUUUCUCUUCAAACUGGAAAAGUUUUAGAAAAUGCUUCUGUUGAUGCUGGUGGGAAGUUUUAUCUGAAAGUUGAGAAACGUACAGUUGUUGAAUCUGUUGAAGCUGAUUAUCUAUUGAUUGCUAGUGGGAGUAGCCAACAGGGCUAUAGUCUUGCAACUCAGCUUGGCCAUUCAAUUGUAGAUCCAGUACCAAGUUUAUUUACUUUCAAGAUUGAAAGAUUCAGAGCUCGCAGAGUUGUCAGGGUUACAUUUCCUAAAGUUGAAGCAAAGCUGAAAUUAGAUAAUGUCCAAAGGAAUAUACCGCAUCUUACACAAGUUGGGCCUAUGCUAGUUACACAUUGGGGACUCAGUGGGCCAGUAAUUCUUCGUUUAUCUGCUUGUGCUCGUGAACUGUUUACUGCAGGUUACAAAGGAAUGCUCGUAGUGGAUUUUAUACCGGAUUUGCAUAUAGAAGAUAUAAAGUCAAUCAUCAGUCAACACAAGAAUAAAUUUAUGGAAGCAAAAUUAGUCAAUUCAUGUCCUUCAGAAUUUGGCCUUGCAAAGAGAUUUUGGAAAUAUAUAUUGGAUCGUGAGAGUUUAAUUGGAGAUACCUUAUGGGCUUCUAUAUAAAACUCUAUCAUUUCUAUUGCCUGUCUUUUGAAACAUUGUACCUUUAGCAUAAAGGGAAAGGGUCAAUUUAAGGAUGAGUUCGUCACUGCAGGAGGUGUUCCCUUGUCUGAGAUCUCCUUGAACACGAUGGAAAGCAAGAUAUGUCCAGGGCUGUUUUUUGCAGGAGAGGUACUGAAUGUUGAUGGGGUGACUGGUGGUUUUAAAUUUCCAGAAUGCAUGGUCCGGCGGAUACACUGCCGGUACAAGCAUUGGUGAACUAGCAGCAAUUGAAGAUGCUCCAAAAAAGGAAGUUCUAUGAGAUGAAUUAUGAGAAAGUCUUUCUUUGUACAUGUGCAAUUGAAUUGCAAAACAGAGAAUUCAGGAGUUUUCUUGAUAUUCACGUCUACAAAAUGCAAAUGCAAUUUAUAGCAUAUGGUCACUAGCAAAAUAUUUUGUUUGCCCUUAGGUAUUGGAGGAUUAUAUUCAAUACAGGUGUAAAUGAAUCAGUGCGAGCCAAGUUUGAUUUCAUCAAAAUUUUUGAAGC